AGCAUGGCCUGUCCUCGCUCUGUGGGUUUCACACAAAUAACACUCCCUCCAUGUAGCUUUCUGUUCUCUCCCUUCAUAAAUUUCUCGCCCACCCUUCUCCUUCCUCUUCUUCUUCUUCUUCACAGCACCAAAACCCUCUCUCUCUCAGUUUGGCUUCUGGGUUUUUGAAGAAAUGAAGGAUCUCGCCUUCCUUCAAUGGCGGAACCUCCUCCUUCUUUUGUUACUCCUCGUUCUUUCCUCUCUUCGUUGUUCCCCAGCUUCGCUCCCUCCCGAUCAAGCUCGAGCGCUUAUGUUGAUCAAGGCCUCGUUUAGUAAUGUAGCCAACGUGUUGCUGGACUGGGAUGAUGUUCAUGGGGAUGAUUUCUGCUCAUGGCGUGGGGUUUUCUGCGAUAAUGUUAGCCUUUCUGUUGCUGCUCUGAACUUGUCCAACUUGAAUCUGGGUGGGGAGAUUUCACCGGCCAUUGGAGAUUUGAGGAACUUACAGUCAAUAGACUUUCAAGGGAAUAAACUAACGGGCCAAAUCCCAGAUGAGAUUGGUAACUGUGGUCUUCUCGUCCAUCUGGACUUGUCUGAUAAUUUGCUUUUUGGAGACAUCCCCUUCACGGUAUCGAAGCUGAAGCAGCUUGAGUUUUUAAAUCUGAAGAACAAUCAGUUGACCGGUCCGAUCCCUUCGACCCUUACCCAGAUUCCGAAUCUGAAAACGCUUGAUCUUGCACGGAAUCAACUUACUGGGGAGAUACCUCGAUUAAUCUAUUGGAAUGAAGUACUGCAAUAUCUUGGGUUGCGAGGGAACUUUUUGACGGGUUCGCUGUCCUCUGAUAUGUGCCAAUUGACUGGCUUGUGGUACUUUGAUGUAAGGGGCAAUAAUCUGACUGGCCCGAUACCGGAGAGCAUAGGGAACUGUACGAGUUUUGAAAUUCUGGAUAUAUCCUACAAUCAGAUCUCAGGGGAGAUUCCGUACAACAUUGGAUUUCUACAAGUGGCUACGUUAUCACUACAGGGAAAUAGGCUUACUGGUAAGAUUCCCGACGUCAUUGGAUUGAUGCAGGCCCUCGCUGUCCUGGAUUUGAGUGAGAACGAGCUUGAAGGGCCAAUACCACCAAUACUUGGCAACUUGUCCUACACUGGAAAAUUGUACCUGCACGGGAACAAGUUGACCGGGCCAAUUCCUCCAGAGCUGGGCAAUAUGUCAAAGCUUAGCUACUUGCAAUUAAAUGACAAUCAGCUGAUUGGCACAAUUCCUUCUGAACUUGGAAAGUUGGAUCAAUUGUUCGAACUGAAUCUUGCUAAUAAUUACCUUGAAGGACCCAUCCCUCACAACAUCAGCUCUUGCACUGCAUUGAACCAAUUCAAUGUGCAUGGCAACCGUCUUAACGGGUCCAUUCCUUUGGGUUUCCAAGAUCUGGAGAGUUUGACCUAUUUGAAUCUUUCGGCAAACAACUUCAAAGGCAGGAUUCCUGUUGAGCUCGGACGCAUAGUUAACCUCGAUACCUUGGAUCUAUCUCGCAACUACUUUUCGGGUCCUGUUCCUGCAUCUAUUGGCAAUUUGGAACACCUUCUUAGCCUCAAUUUGAGUGGCAACCGACUUGUUGGGUCAUUGCCAGCAGAAUUUGGGAAUCUCCGAAGCAUUCAGACUAUUGAUAUGUCAUUCAACAACUUCUCCGGUAGCAUACCCAUUGAGUUGGGUCAACUGCAGAAUAUUAUCUCCCUAAUUUUGAACAACAACAAUUUGCAAGGGAGGAUACCUGAUCAGCUGACAAAUUGUUUCGGUCUUGCCAAUUUGAACUUGUCAUACAACAACUUAUCCGGAAUCUUGCCUCCCAUGAAAAAUUUCUCUCGAUUCGAACCAGAUAGCUUUAUUGGUAAUCCGCUGCUAUGUGGCAACUGGCUGGGAUCGAUCUGUGGGCCUUAUAUUGAAAAAUCUCGAGCAAUGUUGUCUCGGACAGCAGUUGUUUGUAUGACGUUCGGCUUCAUUAUUUUGCUGUCGAUGGUUAUAAUUGCCGUGUACAAGUCGAAUCCAUCGAAGCAAUUGUUGAAAAGUUCUAGCAAGACUGGGCAAGGUCCCCCAAAUCUUGUGGUACUUCACAUGGAUAUGGCUAUUCACACCUUCGACGACAUUAUGAGAACCACGGAGAAUCUAAGCGAGAAGUACAUUAUCGGUUACGGAGCUUCGAGCACUGUGUACAAAUGUGUACUGAAGAAUUCCCGACCUAUUGCAGUUAAGCGACUUUACAACCAUUAUGCACACAAUUUACGGGAGUUUGAGACCGAACUCGAAACCAUUGGUAGUAUCAGACAUAGAAAUCUUGUUAGCCUUCAUGGUUAUUCAUUAUCUCCCUGUGGGAAUCUCCUCUUCUAUGACUACAUGGAAAAUGGUUCUCUCUGGGAUCUGCUUCAUGGACCAGGAAAGAAGGUUAAACUGGAUUGGGAAGCCCGUCUGAAGAUUGCGGUUGGAGCUGCGCAAGGGCUUGCAUAUCUUCACCAUGAUUGCAACCCACGAAUCAUUCACCGGGAUGUUAAGUCUUCGAAUAUUCUGUUGGAUGAAAACUUUGAGGCCCAUCUUUCUGAUUUUGGGAUCGCUAAAAGUAUCCCAACUGCCAAAACCCAUGCGUCGACUUAUGUGCUUGGAACGAUUGGCUACAUUGAUCCAGAGUAUGCUCGGACGUCCCGACUCAAUGAGAAGUCUGAUGUUUAUAGCUUCGGCAUUGUUCUUCUGGAACUACUAACUGGGAAGAAAGCUGUGGAUAAUGAGUCCAAUCUGCACCAACUGAUAUUAUCCAAGACUGAUAACAACACUGUGAUGGAGGCUGUCGAUCCCGAAGUUUCGGUAACCUGCAUGGAUUUAGCCCAUGUCCGAAAGACGUUCCAGCUUGCUCUCCUCUGCACAAAACACAAUCCCUCCGAACGGCCAACCAUGCACGAAGUUGCACGAGUGUUGAUAUCCCUCCAGCCACUGCCACCUACCACAAAACAGACUUUGUUCCCCACGAAAACGUUGGAUUAUGCACAAUUCGUGAUCGACAAGGGUCAGAAUCAGAACGCGAAAGGGCAGGAGGAGCAGCAGAAAGCAGAAACGGAUGUGAAUUCUUCGGAUGCUCGGUGGUUUGUUCGGUUCGGGGAAGUUAUGUCUGAACAACACAGUUUGAACCAAUAACACUGUUGUAUUAACCAUGCCUUUAGAAAUGCAUACAGAAGAAAAGGGGUGCAAGAAAUUGUGUAGUUUUGGAAAUUGUGGUUUGCAGUUUAGAUAUAGUAGGCCUUUCUGAUUGCAGCUGUAAAAUGUACUCAGUUUAAUCAGCAAUAUGAAAUAUUUGUAUGAACAUCAACCAAAUUAACUGUGUCAUAAUC